CCGUGUGAACGGAUGAAUAGAUUGAGGCGAGGGAGCUUUAUCACCCGGAACUUGGAAUCGAGAUCUCACGUCCCAGGAGGGACACCAUUGAUUGACGCGCCGCGCUUCUCCGCGCAUGGCAAAUGUGGGAAAGAAGUUCCGCGCAUGGCGAGGAGGGAGGGAAGGAGGGAGGAGCCGAGAAAGCGCUUCCGGUUACCGUUGCUAAGGCGGCUGCUGGGGCGGCUGUGUCCCUCCCCACCCCCCUCCCGGGGGUCAAUAUGUCGGGGCUCAACAAGAUGGAGCUGGAGGGGUGUCGUGACCUACUAGGCCUAAUGGAAACUAACGAAAUCCUCGCACUGUGCGACACUGUCACCAACCGCCUGGUUCAUCCCGAGGGCCGCCAAGAUGCCAUUCGUGCAGUAUUAGCUUAUAGUCAAAGUGCUGAAGAACUUCUGAAGAGAAAAAAAGUAUACAGAGAAAUUAUAUUUAAGUAUCUAGCCAUGAAAGGAGUGAUUGUGCCUCCAGGUUCUGAAAAGCACAAUCUUAUUCAAUAUGCAAAAAAUCACUGGAACAAGCCAGAGUUGAAGAUGGUGGAGGAAACACUGAAGAGCGUUCCAAAAACAGAAGACACCAUACUUUGUGAACAAGAAAAAAGAGAAAAACAACAUGAACAAUCUGAUGAUUGUUACAAGUUAGGAGAAGAAUUCUGCCAGUGGUUCUUUGAGCUUCUCAACUCUCAGAAUCCUUUUUUUGGACCACCUCAAGAAAAAUGGGGACCACAGCACUUCUGGGAUGAUGUCAAGCUAAAAUUUUGUUACAACACAUCAGAACAAAAUGUGAUAGAUUAUCAUGGUUCAGAACUGGUGAGCCUUCGUUUACUAUCUCUGGUGAAGGAAGAGUUUCUAUUUCUUAAUCCCAAUCUAGAUUGCAAUGGACUGAAGUGUGUAUCCUCUCCACAUGGAUUAGUUGUAGUUGCAGUUGCUGGCACUGUCCAUCGAGGCAGUAUGUGUUUAGGCAUCUUUGAACAAGUAUUCGGACUCAUCCGCAGCCCUUUUCUAGUAAACACUUGGAAAAUAAAAUUUGUCAAUCUGAGGAUUGUUGGACAGAAUUCCCUUGACCCUGGAGUGUUAUUGGAGAAACCUUCAGUUACACUGAAAUCCAGUGAAUUAGAAUCAUUAUAUAAUGGAAAUGGAACAGCAUGUAGUAGAAAUGAAGCAUUGCAUACUGAAACCCCUGCUUUGUGUGGUGGAAGUGGAAACCAGGCACUGUGUCCUGAAAAUGAGGCAUCACUUAACACGCGUGACCAGCAAUUACCUAAUCCUUCAAAACACUGAGAACUGUAUGUCAAAUUAAAAAACUUUUUUUAUUCAGAAAGUACCAGUAUUGCUCAGAUGAUGUCAGGCUUGCAGGGUUGGCAUGUUUCAAUUGAGAUACUUUUGUUGACUACAAACUAAAAUUUUUUGUCAUGCUUGUCUCUUUCCACUUCAGUUUCGGCAAAUAUUGAGAGAUCUUGGUGCUCUUCGUCAAAUAAAUCACUUUAGAUUUCAUAGCUAAUACUGUGCCUUAGAAAUCAAGUGAUAUUUUCAUUUUAUUUUGCAAAAAUUCUAAUUAUUUCAAAAUGUCUACUUUGUAAUAGAGAAAAAUCUAUAAUAAUGUGCAUAACUUCCCUGCUAGGUUCUUCCUUUAAAUUAUUUGUACAUGUGGUUGGAUAUUUUAGAAACCUAUCUCUUUGAGCAGCAGUUACAAAAUAGAAUAUAUGGCUCUAAUGGAAAUGAUUUUCCCACUUGAAUUUCUGAAUGGUAGCCUUGAUACGAUAUCAGAUAACUGGUCAGCUGGAUGACAAACUCUUGUAUGUAUUUAAUGGUGUUCAAGGGAAAAUUCAGUGGUUUAUGCUGUGCCUUUUCAUUGUGCAAGUUAUAUACCUUUCAAAAACAUCAGAACUUAUUUUCUCAAACUAUUUUGGCAGCAGCAGAGGCUGAUUUAAAAAUGAGCUAAAACUGAUCCUUAUUCUUACUUAUGUCUACUUGAUAAAAGAUGCAGCUUUUCACUACAGCACCUUUAAAAUUCCUAUUCUAAAAUAAUCUUGAUUGGUCUAAGAUUUUUUUAAUAGUAAAUUUCACUCAUAAGGUGUCUUUUGUUUUUGUUAGUAUUUCUUCCCCUGCUUAAUUUGUGUUAUUUGGUUUGGGUUACACAUUUCAAUUGCCAGAAAUAAAUUAAUGAAAAUAAA